UAGAAGAAAAGUUCCUUGUAUGAGAAAGGUUCGCGCGAUGGUAGAAAUUGUGAAAAAAUUUGGUUGGAGCUACGUAUCCAUCAUUUACGAGGAGUCAAGCUAUGGUAUAAAAGCGUUUGAAGAAUUAGAAGCGUCACUGGCACGUAGUGGUAUCUGUAUAGCCGUCAAAGAGAAACUCGUGAAGGACUCCGGUGUCGCUGACGAGGGCUCCUACGACGACAUCGUGCAGAAGCUUCUGACCAAGCCGAGGGCGAGAGGUGCAAUUAUCUUUGGAUCGGACCAGGAAGUAGCAGGCGUGAUGCGUGCGGUGCAACGUGCGAAUGCCACCAAAUCAUUCAGCUGGGUCGGUUCUGACGGAUGGAGCGCGAGGUCCCUUGUUUCGGAAGGCAACGAAAAGGCUGUUGAAGGUACCAUCAGCGUGCAGCCCCAGGCCAACGAUGUGGAGGGCUUCAAGGAGUACUUCCUCGGCUUGAAUGUGAAGAAUAAUAAAAGAAACCCUUGGUUUAUUGAGUUCUGGGAGCACCAAUUCCAGUGCCGCUACCCUGGGGCGCCUCGCACUCCAUUCAACGGCCAGUAUCAGCAUCAUUGUUCUGGACUGGAGCGACUCACCGAUAACAACAUAGAGUUCGAGAGACAGCUGCAAUUUGUGGCUGAUGCUGUGAUGGCAUUCGCAUAUGCUAUAAGGGAUAUGCACGCGGCGGUUUGUGGCGGGCGCUACGGGUUGUGUGAUGCCAUGAGACCAGCCAGCGGUGCUGAUCUGCUGCGUUACCUACGGAAGGUCAACUUUACCGGUUUGAGCGGUGAUGAGUUUCACUUCGACGCCAACGGCGAUGGACCUGCGCGCUACAACAUACUACACUUCAAGCAGCUGCGUCGUGAUGUAUAUCAGUGGGUGAAGGUGGGCCAGUACCUGGACGGAGAACUACAGCUCGAUAUUGAUGAGAUCCAGUUCAAAUGGGACGAGAAACGACCGCCGGAAUCAGUAUGUAGCGCGGAGUGUGAGCUGGGCCAAGCUAAACAAUACGUGGAAGGCGAAAGCUGCUGUUGGCACUGCUAUAACUGUACACAAUAUGAGAUAAGGUCACCAUUCGUGGAAACAGCUUGCAUGGUGUGUCCCCGCGGAACCCUACCAGACCCUACCCGGACCCAGUGCUGGCCCAUCCCCGAGGCCUACCUAAGACCAGACUCUGCUUGGGCCAUCGGUGCCAUGUCAUUCUCAUCUGUCGGCAUCUUACUAACGGCAUUUGUGUAUGGGGUUUGGCUUCGUCACAGCUCGACUCCAGUGGUGCGUGCGAGUGGGAGAGAACUAUCCUAUGUCUUGCUUGCUGGCAUACUUAUGUGCUACCUGGUCACCUUUGCACUCGUCUUCAGACCCACUGAUAUUUUAUGCUCUAUCCAACGUUUUGGAACUGGAUUCUGCUUCACGGUGGUGUACGCGGCACUGCUCACGAAGACGAACAGAAUAUCCCGGAUCUUCAACGCCAGCAAACACUCCGCCAAGAGACCCAUCCUUAUCUCACCAACUUCGCAACUCGCAAUUUGCUCAGCAUUAGUUUCUAUACAGGUUCUGAUCGUGGUGGUGUGGAUGAUAGUGGCCCCGGCGCGCGCCAUGCACCAUUACCCCACGCGUGAGGACAACAUGCUCGUGUGUGAUUCGUACGUGGACGCGUCCUACAUGAUCGCCUUCUCCUACCCCAUCGUGCUGAUCCUGGUGUGCACGGUCUACGCCGUUCUCACAAGAAAGAUACCGGAGGCCUUCAACGAGAGCAAACAUAUCGGGUUCACCAUGUACACCACGUGCGUCAUCUGGCUGGCGUUCGUGCCCCUUUACUUCGGGACGGCCAGCCAUGUUCCUCUGCGCAUCACCAGUAUGGCUGUCACCAUCUCUCUCAGCGCCAGCGUCACGCUCGUAUGUCUCUUCUCACCCAAGCUUUACAUAAUCCUGAUUCGACCGGAAAGGAACGUACGCCAGAGCAUAAUGCCAGUCCGCUACAGCCGGAAGCCGCCGACCCAUCCCUUACCGCACCCGACUUACAAAAAACCAUGUGCGGACAAGGAAACCCAAACCGACGCAACAGAGUACAACAAACUUACCAACGGGCAAACAGUUCAAAAUAUUGUCAAAAAACAAGACACAGUCGACAAAAUACACAACAAUAAUGUUAAAUCUCUUAGAAAUAAUGACAAAAUGGUCAAAUACAUAGAAAAAUCUGAAAAAAAGUCAGAACGAACAGAUGUAUUAUAGCAACGAGCUACGUCUAAGUCAUUGAGCGAUGUUUUUGUCCAUAAGAAUAAUAAUAAACAUGUAAGAAAUAAGUAUUGUUCUUGUAAAGUUCGUGAACGUAAGCCUGUUAUUGUUUAGAUGAUUAUUUAUAAUCUUGAUGAAAUUGUAAUAGAGUCGAUUGUACAUAAAG